CGCCUUCGGGAGAGAAGCGAAACCAAGCCGGAGAAAGGAAGAAUGGAUCGGUGGGAGGACGAGAUCGAUGUCGACGAUUCUGAUCUCCCCUCUCUCCUCCCCCAACCUCGCCCUUUCCCCUCCUCUUCUUCCUCUAACCCAAGUCUUACCCCCUCCAUCCCUUCUCUCCGCCCCUGCUCCCAACUCUCUCGCCCUUCCCAAACCCUCGCCACCAAUCCUCCUCCUCCUCCUCCUCGUCUCCAAUUCCCACCCCUCGUUGCCGAGGGCCAAGAAGACGAGGCCCCCCCGAGGAGCAAAACCCACGCGCUUCGCCUCAUUCCCGGACCCGCCGGUGCCGUUCAGGCCGCCAUGCACCGGAAAUCCGCCACCACGGCCGCGGCAGCAGUCAGGGAACAUGGAAGCUCUUCUUGUUGGGAGGACCAGGACGGGGAUGGUUGGAUGUUGGAUAUGGAUGAGGAAGAUGGGGAUUUCAAGCUUAACCCUUGGCUCUGCGCCAUGGAAUUUCUUGGAUCAGGGGCAGGCUGUUCUUUGGUGUCGCCGAUCAGUUCGAUCGAGACAUGGACUGCGGAGCGAGUACCUCAGGUGGUAGGCAUUAUCAAAUCUUGCACUCCAAAUGGGCUUGGUGAUCUAUUUUUAACUCUGAAGGACCCAACAGGCACGAUUGGUGCUUCAGUCCAUCGCAAGGUCCUCACAGAGAGCAACCUUGGCGGUGAUAUAUCUGUUGGAUGUGUCCUCAUUCUGGAGCAGGUAGCUGCUUUCUGCCCAGCUCGUGCAAUGCGCUAUCUCAAUGUGACAAUGAACAAUGUGAUGAAGCUUAUCAAUAAGGACUGUGGCCCCCCUCAUAAACAAAUGGUGCCUUCAAUUACAGCUAGACUUCACCCCUCUGAUCAGGCUUCUGCUGAACUCUCAUGGAGGCACAGGAUUGAAAGCUCUGCUGAUGAGGAAGUAAGAAGAGAUUUGAAUUGUGAAAAGAUUUUGAAUAGUCGAAAGACAGGUACUUCUGAAAACUUGCCAUGUAGCACUAGUGCUAUAGCUGCCACCACAAAUGUAUCUACCAGACCUGGCUUUUGCCUUGGAACAAGCAUGGAAAUUGGGCUGGGGACAGCAGCAGGAAAGCCAUCACUUAGGGAGAGAGCGGAAAAUACUGCUGCCGAGGAAGCGAGAGGAAACUUAAACUGUGGAAUGAUGAUGGAUAGUAGAAUGACAGGUCUUGCUCGAAACAUGCCAUGCGGCACUAGUGCUGCAGCAACCACGGCAAUUAUACCUGCCAAGCCUGACCCUAAAACAAAUGGAUCGAAAAACCUGAUUUCAAGAGUUUCAGUUGCAGAGUGGACUGAUGAACAACUGCUAGAGUUAUUUGCUGAUUAUCAAGAUGAUGUGUAAUUACUUCAUCCCUGUAUUUGACACAUGCGAGCGGAGAAUUGUGCCUUUUGAAGCUAAUUGCUGUGCAGCCCUUGCAGAUGUUUCGUAACCUAGGUUCUGUGGAUCACCAACUACUAUUCAAAGCAUGGCUGCUAAAUGUUCUAUUCCCCUGAUUGAGGGCUUACUGACAUGUUCAUUUCAUGUUUAGCUUUUGGGUCUCCUUAUUUCCUCCCAUCUACUGCAAAGGGACAAAAGAAAAAUUUUGCUAUCAAUUAAUGGAUUCUUUUUUUUUUUUGAGCAAAAUCAACCAAUGAAAUUUUUACUGUAUAACACAGCUUGGAAAGAAUCAGAGGACUUAUCCAACCUUAACAUGAUUUAAAUGCUGAUUUACAUAAAGAAUAUUUGCCA